AUGGCUGACAAAACUAUGCCUAUUUCUGUUCCAUCCGAAAAGCCUUUAAAAGUUAUAAAAUGGAAAGUUAAGGAAGGUAUUUUUGUGUCCUGUGGACAAAUUUUAUUUUUGUACAGUGAUUCGUCAGGCAAUAAAAGUGAAGUUAAGAAAUUCAAAGCACUGCGCUCUGGUACUAUUGUGUCCAUCAAGGUGAAAGAAGGAGACAUUGUAGAGCCUGGGGGUUGUAUAGCUGAUUUAGAACAAUGCCGCCAUCCCACUGUUAUGAAAGAAAUGUGUGCGGAAUGUGGAGCCGAUUUACGUUCCGGGGAAUCACAAAAAAGAGAUGUAGCUGUGGUCCCUAUGGUUCAUUCUGUACCUGAAUUAAAGGUAUCCGAAGAAUUGGCACAAAAACUAGGUCGUGAAGACGCCGAUCGCUUACUGAAAGAUCGUAAACUUGUUUUGCUUGUUGAUCUUGAUCAAACUUUAGUUCACACCACCAAUGACAAUAUACCUCCUAAUAUAAAAGAUGUACUCCACUUCUUUCUUCGAGGUCCUGGUAACCAAGGCAGGUGGUGUCACACUAGAUUAAGACCUAAAACCCACGAGUUCUUAGAAUCAGCAGCUAAGAACUAUGAGCUACAUGUAUGUACAUUUGGUGCGAGGCAGUAUGCACAUGCUAUAACAGAAUUAUUGGAUCCACAAAAAAAAUUCUUCUCUCACAGAAUUCUAUCAAGAGAUGAAUGCUUCGAUGCUAGGACCAAGUCAGCUAAUUUGAAAGCAUUAUUCCCUUGUGGAGAUAACAUGGUGUGUAUUAUUGAUGAUCGUGAAGAUGUUUGGCGUCAUGCGAGCAACUUAAUACAAGUGAGACCUUACUCAUUCUUUCAAUCCACAGGGGAUAUAAAUGCUCCUCCACCAUUGCCUGAAGAAAAAACUAAAAUAUUAAGCGGCAAAAAUGGUUCUCAAAUAUCAAAAGAUAAUCAAAUGCCAACACUGGAUGCUGAGCCAGAGAAAGAAAAUAAAGAAAUAAUAGAUAAAAGUAAUACAGAUAAAAAGGAUAGUGAAAAUGGUAUAAUUAAAGAUAAAAAAGAUGAUAAAAUUGAAAAUGAUGCUACUGAAAAAGUUGAAACACCAGUGUGGGUUGAAUCAUCUGAAGGGCAGAUAGAAGUUGACGAUCCCGAUGACUACUUAAUAUAUUUGGAUGACAUAUUGAAAAGAAUACACAACCAUUUCUAUGAGAUAUAUGAUAAAAUGGAGAACAAUGGUAAUGAGAAAAGUAUCCCUGAUUUGAAAUAUAUUAUACCAGAGGUUAAAAGUCAAGUGCUUGCCGGUUCAAGUCUUGUGUUCAGUGGUUUAGUGCCUACACACCAGAGAUUAGAGACAUCUAGAGCAUAUCAAGUUGCAAAAACAUUAGGAGCUGAGGUCACGCAAGAUUUCACAGAUAAAACUACACAUUUAGUUGCUAUGAGAGCAGGUACAGCAAAAGUAAAUGCAAGUAAGAAAAUGGGUGAAGAUAAAUCAAAGAUACAUGUUGUUACACCUGAAUGGCUGUGGACUUGUGCCGAGCGAUGGGAACGUGUUGAAGAGAAAUUGUACCCUUUACAAAGAGUAGGGCAGAGUAGUUUACGCCGCCCGCCCGCUCAUUGCAACAGCCCGCCGCCAGCGCCCGCUGUAAGGAAAAGAACUCCGUCCGGAAGAUUUAUGGACACAAUCAAUCCUCUGCUGUCUUUCUCAAGCGAUGAUAUUGCCGAUAUGGAUAGAGAGGUAGAAGAUAUUUUUAAUGAAUCAGAUGAAAGUUCAUCGGAUGAUGAAGAAAAGGUACUUGGUGAUAUUGAUGAAGAGAAUAUUACUGAAGACAGACUACUGAGUUUAGAAUCGGGAAAUAGUUCUCAAGAAAGGUUACAAGAGAAACUAAAUGAAGAUUCUAAUGAUUCCAACACAGAAGAUGGGGAGAGAGCUCUUAAAAGGCCACGACCAUCCACACCCUCAGACGAUGAAGGUCCACCAGACGAUGAUGAUACUUCAUGGAACCUAAUGGGCGCCGCGCUAGAGAGGGAGUUCCUGGCCCAGGAUUAA